CGCUCUGUCCCCCAUCUGUCUCUUCUCUCUGCUUCCACACACCCAGUCUGUGGAUCUGUGGAUCUCCUCCUGUGGGAUACCGUCAUAAGGCAUCAUGAGGGACCAGGCAGCACUGUCAGUUAUCUGCCUGUCCCUGCUGGCUCACUGCUGGACGCACGUUUCUGGAGUGUCUGUAAACGGACUGACAGACCCGGAUAAAGCAGACGGUGAGUCUGAGGUCAGAACCCCAGAGCGGCGUUCGGAGGACAACAAAGAAGCAGGCCAGCUGCAAGUAGAGGUCAUUCCAGCCUAUGCAGAGAUUGAAGUCGGUCAGCGCAAAGCAUUGUUGUGCAGAGUUGUUGGAGAUGCAGAGGAGAUCGACUGGUUUUCUCCUGAUGGUGGGAAGCUAUUAGGAAACAAUAAGAACCGCAGGGUGCACAAACAUGGAAAAUCACUAUCCAGUAUCAUUGUUCGCAAUGCCGAUUUGGAGGAUGCUGGGAUAUACAAAUGUGUGGCGAGAAACAGAGACACAGAAUCACAAGCCACAGCCAAGCUUGAAAUUCUUUUAAAGAGAAUACGUAGAGAAUCGGAGAGAGAGGGUAGAGGGAAAAGACAGAAAGAGCCAAAGCCCACCAAGAAACCCAAAGCUCCCAAGCCCACCAAGAAACCCAAGGGUGAGAAGAAGCCCAAGGGAGAGAAGGGAGGGAAGAAGAAAGGCAAGAAGGAGGAGAUCACCACCACCACUACCACAACCACCACUACUGUGGCACCCACAACCACUCAACCACCCAUUGACUAUGAUGACUUUUAUGAUCCUGAGGCUGACCAAUACUGGGAUGAAGUAUAUACUGAGACAACGACGGCUAUAACCACUCAGCCCCCAACAGAGAAAUCCCCAGAAUUCCCAACAGAUUUUCCUCCUGACACAGAUGAUUACCCUCAACCUUAUCCUGACUCAGAAGACGAUGACUAUUGGAAGGUGGAUGAGCCUGUACCUACAACCCCUGGGACUACUGGUCACCAUGACAAUGAUGACUACUGGGACGCCAGAUAUGAAGUAGCAGAAAACCUUCCUUUCCCUGAUGGUAAAGAGAUCAGCUCAACUGAUGAAAACUGGCAACACAGUACCACAGCGGAGCCCACCGUCCCUCUAUUUGAGAACAACUGGUAUGAAGAAUAUGAAUAUGGACAUGAAAAGAAGCUGGAAGAGGAGAAAGAGAGAAUAGAACAAGAGGAAAGAGAAAGAGCGAGAAUAGAGAAGGAGGAGAGAGUUUUCUCCUCAGAAAGAGAACCCAAAUGGAAUGAAGAAGAGGAAGAAGAGGAAAUCAGGAGAAAAAGACCUCCACCACGUGUGUACAAAGAGCCCAAGAUAUGUCCACCUCUGGGGAUGGAGUCUCAUCGUAUAGACAAUGACCAGCUGUUGACUUCCUCUGUUCAUCAUCAUCGCUAUGGGCCAAACAGGGCCCGUCUUAAUACUCAGGCGUCUGGAGAUGAAGAUGAUAUGAAUGGUGGGGCGUGGUGUGCUAACCCUGAAGAGAAGCUCCAUUGGAUUGAACUGGACGCUCGUACGCUGACCGAGUUCACUGGGGUCAUCACACAGGGACGGGAUGACCCCAUCGAGAGUGACUAUGUGUCUUCAUAUCAUGUGGCCUUCAGUAAUGACAGCAGAGAGUGGACUGUUCUUCAUGAUGGAUAUGCUGAAUGGUUGUUCUUUGGUAACACAGAUAAAAGCACCCCAGUGUUGUCUCAGUUUAUGGAGCCGGAAGUGGCUCGCUACAUCCGCAUCUUGCCCCAGAGCUGGAACGGCACCAUGUGUAUGAGAAUGGAGGUUUUGGGAUGCCCAGUGCCAGAUUCUCUCAACCAACACCAGAGUCAGAAUGAGGUGACAGCCCGAGAUGACCUGGACUAUAAAUAUCACAAUUACCUCGACAUGGAGAAGCUGAUGAAAUCUGUCUCUGAUGAGUGUCCCAACAUCACCAGAUUCUACAGUCUGGGCAAGAGCUUUAAAGGUCGAGAGAUAUACGCUUUGGAGAUUACUGAUAACCCUGGGACACAUGAAACAGGAGAGCCAGAGUUUAGAUACACAGCAGGUUUUCAUGGAAAUGAGGCUCUGGGGCGAGAGCUUCUCCUGAUGCUCAUGCAGUUCCUCUGCCGAGAGUAUAAAGACGGCAACCCUCGAGUGCGCCACCUGGUGGAUGAGACCAGAAUUCAUCUGGUGCCCUCAGUCAAUCCUGAUGGCCAUGAGAAAGCUUUUGACAAGGGCUCCGAGUUGGGCAGCUGGACAUUAGGCCACUGGACCGAUGAUGGCCAUGACAUCUUCCAGAACUUUCCCGACCUAAAUAACAUCCUCUGGGAUGCGGAGGACGCCGGCAUGGUGCCCAAACUGACACCAAACCACCAUGUGCCCAUCCCUGAGGGUUAUCUCUCAGGCAAUGGCUCGGUUGCGGUAGAGACUCUUGCCCUCAUCACCUGGAUGGAGGCCCAUCCGUUCGUGCUCGGUGCCAACCUGCAGGGUGGCGAGAGACUGGUGACGUACCCCUUCGACAUGCGCCGCCUGACCAAGGAGUCUGAGGAGAAAGAGAAACGGCUGAGCUCUAGAGCACAUCGACGGAAGCGACAGUACGAGGAGGAGGAAGAAGAACCCAACCCGUACCUUCACAUUGGAUAUCAUCAGGAGAGCUACGGCAGCCCCCAGGAAAGCAACCCCUAUCACCAGGAGACCUAUGGGUACCAUCAAGAAAACUAUGGGUACCACCAUGAGAAUCAGGGCUAUUUCGAGGAGAACCAAGGAUACCGCGAGGAGAACCGAGGAUACCGCGAGGAGAACCGAGGAUACCGCGAGGAGAACCGAGGAUAUCGUGAGGAGAAUCAAGGCUACCGUGAGGAGAAUCAAGGCUACCGUGAGGAGAAUCAAGGAUAUCGUGAGGAGAAUCAAGGAUAUUAUGAGGAGAAUCGGGGGUAUGAACGUUCAGAGGGACAUCAUGAGGGGUAUCAAGAAGGAUACCCAGAAGGCUACAGGGAAGGGUAUGGAGAAGGUGAAGCAGAGGAGGAGAUCAGGGUCACUGAGGACCAGUCUUUAUUCCGCUGGUUGGCCAUAUCUUACGCCUCCACUCACCGGACCAUGACUCACACCCAUCAGGGAGGUUGCCAUAGUGAUGACCCAACGGGUGGCAUGGGCAUUGUCAACCGUGCCAAGUGGAAGCCCAUCCCUGGAAGUAUGAAUGAUUUCAGCUACCUUCACACUAACUCUUUCGAGCUGUCUGUUUUUCUGGGCUGUGAUAAGUUUCCACAUCAGAGCGAGCUUUUUAGAGAGUGGGAGCAUAACAGAGAAGCUCUGCUGACCUUCAUGUCUCAGGUGCAUCGAGGAAUUAAAGGUGUUGUGAGAGAUAAAGAGGGGAAUCCUAUUGUCAACGCCACCGUGUCUGUGGAGGAAGUCAAUCAUGAUGUCAGGACAGGUGAAUCUGGUGACUACUGGCGACUUCUGAACCCCGGCGAGUAUCGUGUGACGGCCAGAGCCGAAGGCUAUUCUCCCUCCACCCGUCUGUGCGUGGUAGGGUACGAGGCAGGUGCGACCCUGUGCAACUUCGAUCUCAGCAAGUCAAACUGGGACCGCAUCAAACAAAUUAUGGCUCUCCACGGCAACAGGCCCAUCCGGUUGCUAAGCAAUGGCAAAAGGGGAGGAGUAAGUUACAGCGGUAAUUCCGGUGUCAACAUGAACCGGGCGCGUCUACGGCGGUUACGGCUGCUCAGACUCCGUCGCCUACGGCAACAGAGGCUGCUGGCUGCCAGAACUACGCCACCCACCACUACUGUGAUCACCACGACCACAGUUCCACCAACCACAGAGAGUACCACACCCUGGUUUGAUCCCUUGGCUCUUGAAGAAAUCCUGGAGGGGAACACAACCGAGCCGGAAGAGAUUGAUUUCACAGACGCACUGGAAUACAACUACAAUUACAACAUAGACGAUUAUUAAAACCAAGCGACAGAUCAAGAAUUCUAUCCAAAGAUUGAUUGGUUUGGAACAGUAUGGUAUGCAGUCAGCCAAAGUUGCCAUAAUUUCAGCCUUAUGUCAGAAAGAUUUCGGUGACUGUGAAGACAUGUGGAAAACGUUGGUGUAUAUAAAACCAGAGAAUUGUGGGAAGUGAAGCAUAACUGGAACAGGCACUUUUGAAAUGACACAUAAGCAUUUUAUCUCAUGAGAUGAAAGUAAAUAACGAUUACGAAAACAUGUCAAAUGUGACAAAGCUCUAAGUAACAAACAAUCAAUCACUCGUCGUUCUCAUAGUUACACGUCUAUAUUAUACUACUAAAAAGUAAUGAAGAUUUCACAUACGACCACACCCACUGAAUGAAAAUGGAAGUGAUGUUACAAAAUGGACUUUAUUAACCUAUCUUUUCCACAUAUAAGCAACCAAUGUGUAUUAAAGGCAACCGGUGUUAGUUGAAGACUACAGGGUCGACAUUGGUCUCCAGCAGGAUCAAUGGCCUGAGAUACAGGACGCUUCCUUUUCAGUUAAUAAAGUCUUGUUUACAUAUUCA